AUGGAGGGAAAGGGACAGGGUGUUAAGCGAGGAAAGUCUGGCUCUCUGCGAGGAAUGAAUGGCUCAUUUAAACGAACUUCUAUUAAACGCACAGUCUCUGGAUCGCAGAAGGGUCACAAAGCCUGGAUCGAAAAGACCUUCCAGAAACGUGAAUGUGUCCACAUCAUCCAGAACACCAAAGACCCCCAAAAGUGCUGUUGUGGUCAGCAGACCAGUCAACACACAAGCACUUUUCACAGUGCCCAGCGUAACAGCAAGGGUGAUGAAAGCAAGCAGCUGGUGAAGGCAGACGCUUCGCCUGAAAAAUGGUCUGUCUUGAAGAACACUCAGGCCAGUCCCACCGAUGCCUAUGGGGUCAUUGAAUUUGAGGGCAGAACUCAUGCUAACAAGGCCAUGUAUAUCCGUGUAGCAAAUGACACAAAGCCUGAACACCUGCUCCAUCUGAUGGUGAAGGAAUGGGAGCUGGAGCUUCCCAAGCUGCUCAUCUCCAUUCACGGUGGCCUCCAGAACUUUGAGCUGCAGCCCAAACUCAAACAGGUCUUUGGCAAGGGGCUGAUCAAAGCCGCCGUGACCACAGGGGCUUGGAUCGUCACAGCUGGAGUCAGCACAGGUGUAAUACGUCAUGUGGGAGAUGCCUUGCAAGAUCAACCUUCCAAAUCGAGAGGAAGAAUUUGUGCGAUUGGACUUGCUCCCUGGGGGAUAGUGGAAAACAGAAUGGAAUUAAUCGGGAAAGAUGUCACAAGACCCUAUCAAACCAUGUUGAACCCGCUCAGCAAGCUCAGUGUGCUCAGCAGCACGCACACCCACUUCAUCCUGGCUGACAACGGGACAGUGGGCAAGUACGGGGCGGAAGUCAAGCUCCGCCGUCAGCUGGAGAAAUACGUGGCAUUGCAGAAAAUCAAUACACGACUCGGACAGGGAGUGCCUGUGGUUUGCCUGAUUGUGGAAGGUGGUCCGAAUGUGAUAUCUAUUGUUCUGGAGAGUCUCCGGGAAGAUCCUCCUGUGCCAGUGGUGGUCUGUGAUGGCAGUGGGCGAGCCUCAGACAUACUGGCCUUUGCGCACAAGUACUCGAAGGAGGAAGGCAUAAUCAAUGAAGCCGUUCGAGACCAGCUCAUGAUCACUCUCCAGAAAACCUUCAACUCCAGCCGUACCCAGGCCCAGCAGCUCUUUGUGUUGGUCAUGGAAUGUAUGAAGAAGAAGGAACUGAUCACUGUUUUCCGGUUAGGUUCAGAAAGUCAGCAGGACAUUGACCUUGCAAUUUUGACAGCAUUACUGAAAGGCACGAACGCCUCUCCCCCUGAUCAGCUGAGCUUGGCACUCGCCUGGAACCGUGUGGACAUUGCCCGCAGUCAGAUCUUUGUCUUUGGCAAUUGUUGGCCGCCCAUGAUCAACAUCACGAAGGACCAGGAGAAGGAGAAAUCUUCUGCCCCCAAAGCAAAACCAGCGAAGGUGAAGGGAAAAGGAAAGAAAAAGGGGAAAAGCAAGAGUCCUGUGGAAGAGGAGACUGAUCCCAGGAAACUGGAACUGUUGAACUGGGUGAACUCCCUCGAACAGGCCAUGAUGGAUGCUCUGGUACUGGACAGGAUGGACUUUGUGAAGUUACUGAUAGAAAAUGGAGUGAAUAUACACAACUUCCUAACCAUUCCACGCUUGGAAGAGCUCUACAACACGAAACUGGGUCCUCCCAACACUCUUCAUUACUUGGUCAGGGAUGUCAAAAAGGGCAAUCUGCCUCCGGAUUACCACAUCAGUCUGAUAGACAUUGGCCUGGUGAUGGAGUACCUCAUGGGUGGAGCGUAUCGCUGCAACUACACCCGCAAAUCUUUCCGCAGCCUAUACAACAAUCUGUUCGGACCAAAGAGGCCAAAGGCUCUUAAACUGCUGGGAAUGGAGGAUGACGAACCCCCUACCAAAGGGAAGAAAAAGAAGAAGAAAAAGGAGGAGGAGUUUGACAUCGACCUGGAUGACCCUAUGGUCAGCCGCUUCCCUUUCCCCUUCCACGAGCUGCUGGUGUGGGCGGUACUGAUGAAGCGGCAGAAGAUGGCUUUGUUCUUCUGGCAGCACGGCGAGGAAGCCAUGGCCAAGGCUCUGGUGGCCUGCAAGCUCUACAAAGCCAUGUCGCACGAGUGCUCUGAAAGCGAGCUGGUGGAUGACGUCUUUCAGGACCUUGACAACAGCUCAAAAGACUUUGGGCAAUUGGCGAUUGAUUUGUUGGACCAGUCCUACAAGCACGAUGAGCAGGUUGCUAUGAAACUCCUGACCUAUGAGCUGAAGCACUGGAGUGGCUCCACCUGCCUGAAGCUGGCAGUGGCAGCUAAACACCGGGACUUCAUAGCGCACACCUGCAGUCAGAUGCUGCUCAGCGACAUGUGGAUGGGGCGGCUCCGGAUGCGCAAGAACCCAGGUCUUAAGGUGAUGCUGGGGAUCAUAUUCCCGCCUGCCAUCCUCUUCCAGGAGUUCAAAACCAGCGACGACAUGUCUUACGAAGACUGUGGAGUCACCGAGGAAGGGAAAGAAAAGGAGGAAGAUAAUGUUCCACAGGAUGCUGAUGCUUUAUCCAGAAAGGGAGAUGAAGAAGAAGGGAAGAGAAAACAUAAGAGCAUCCCGAUAGGAAAGAAGGUUUACGAGUUCUACAACGCACCCAUUGUCAAAUUCUGGUUUCACACACUGGCAUAUCUCAGUUUCCUGCUACUGUACAAUUACGUCAUCUUGGUGAAAAUGGAAGCCAUGCCUACAAUUCAAGAGUGGGUACUCAUUUCCUACAUCAUUACACUAUCCAUCGAGAAAAUCCGAGAGGUCCUGGUGUCGGAGCCGAGUAAACUGAAGCAGAAGAUCAAGGUGUGGCUGCAGGAGUACUGGAAUAUCACGGACAUGGUUGCCAUCACCAUCUUCAACAUUGGCGUUGUACUCCGCCUCCAGAACCAGCCCUACAUGAGUUACGGCCGGGUCAUCUACUGCGUGGACAUCAUCAUUUGGUACAUCCGUGUGUUGGACAUAUUCGGCGUUAACAAGUACCUGGGCCCUUACGUCAUGAUGAUUGGGAAAAUGAUGUUGGAUAUGCUGUAUUUUGUGGUGAUCAUGCUUGUGGUGCUGAUGAGCUUUGGUGUGGCGAGGCAAGCUAUCCUACACCCUGACGAGGAGCCUUCCUGGAGAUUAGCUCGGAAUAUAUUCUACAUGCCUUACUGGAUGAUCUACGGAGAGGUGUUUGCGGAUCAGAUAGACCUGUAUGCCAUGGAAAUCAACCCACCUUGUGGAGAGAAUCUGUUUGAUGAAGAUGGUAAGAGGAUGCCACCUUGUAUCCCGGGUGCUUGGAUCAUUCCAGCCAUCAUGGCUUGUUAUCUGCUGGUGGCCAACAUUCUGCUUGUAAAUCUGCUCAUAGCUGUCUUCAAUAAUACUUUCUUGGAAGUCAUUUCCAUCUCGAACCAGGUGUGGAAGUUCCAGCGGUAUCAGCUGAUCAUGACAUUUCACCAAAGGCCGGUCUUUCCUCCACCGAUCAUCAUCUUUAGCUACGUGUCCAUGAUCAUUCACCGCUUCUGCUUUUGCUGUAGGAAAGACAGUGAGAUUGAUGAACGAGAUCGAGGGCUAAAGCUGAUACUGAGCGAGGAGGAAUUGAAAAAGCUGAAUGAGUUUGAGGAACAAUGUGUGGAGUCGUUAUUUGCAGAGAAGGAAGACCGGGAGCUGUCAUCCAACCAAGAGCUUGUUCGGAUUACAGCAGACAGAGUGGAGAAUAUGGCCAUGAGGCUGGAGGAGGUGAACGAGAGGGAACACUUCAUGAAAGCUUCACUGCAAACGGUGGACCUUCGGCUGGCCCAGCUGGAGGAGUUCACGAGCCGCAUGGUUAAUGCACUGGAAAAGCUGUCAGGCAUAGACAAAACCGAGCUGCGCCGCACUCACUCCAGGUGUCCCUCGGAGUAUGACACUGCGCCAUACCUGUUGAGACAGAGCAGCAUAAACAGCACAGAGGGUUUCCAUCGCUACCACAUGGAGGCCGAUGAUUCUCCCUUUGAUGAGGGAACUGGCCAAUUGUCCCUGGCGAUCGAGUCUCAUGGAAGAACCAGCUCCAUAAAAUUGAGAGAGGAGAAAGCGUUUGGAGAAGGGAUGAGACAUCUGACUCCAGACUGGCACUUUGGUCUGCACCGUGCUGCCAGUACUCACUCCAUAGGAUUGGCAGGAAGUCGGAAAAACUUGGCAGUGUUACCUGACACCAGGAGACCCAACUCCUGCGUAGACAUCUUCAUUUCUUCAUCUGAUGACUAUGAGGCACCCAUAGAGCAAAAUUUCCUGCAUCCAAUAAAAACAGGUUCAAAUGAACAUGAAGGUACAAUCGUCUCGUCUGGAGUAUCACAGGAGCGAACUAAGCUGGAGGCCUGUAUCUCUUUCCCCUUAGAGAGGUCCAGAGCAACUCAAUAUUUUCCUCCACAACCUUUAGACAUGUGCCAGACCAUGAUAAAAUCUAGGAGUUUUAUAUUUCCUCCUGGAGAUGGUUUUUCUAGUGAGCCAGAAGACUGGACAAGAGUGCAUGGAUCUGUCAGGUACUCUGCCAAACCUGACUCUACGCUAUCCCCAGUGGGAGGAUUGACUUCCCAAUGGGAACAUAAAUUUGGUCAGGAAUUGCCGCAGAAGCAACUCGCCACUAAAGGGACUUUUCACCAGUCAUCAUUGCCCACUCCUGAGUCCAUGGCAGAAGAGAAACAGCAUCUGCUGGAGGGAGAGGAUAGCGACACUGGAGACAUGGCUUACUCCUGGAUGCUCUCCUCAGACAGGCCAGCCCAAAAAUCUGAGAACUUCCUAUCAGUAACAGAAGCUAGAUAUGGCUUCAGCUCUCCAAGAUCCAAAAGUCUUCACAACCCUAAUAGGAAAAAGAAGUCCACAAUGGGCAUGAGUUUUAGUAAACCAAAACAAGCUUCAAGUGUGAAGAACCUACUGGACCCAUUUGGUGACUGGCAGCAACCUAAAACCAAGCCAACCAGAAGUACACGCACAAAGCCCUCUGAGACCUUCUGUUGA